AUGCAGCUGUCUCUGCUCCUCCUCUCCUCCGUCGCGGCCGCGACCCCUCUGACGGCCGUCGACAAGCGUCAAACAGCCACGCUCUGCGAGCAAUACGGCUACUGGUCCGGCAACGGCUACGAGGUUAACAACAACAACUGGGGCAAGGACGCCGGCUCCGGCCAGCAGUGCACCUAUGUCGACAAUGCCAGCAGUAGCGGCGUGACCUGGCACACGACCUGGAACUGGAGCGGCGGCGAAAACAACGUCAAGAGCUACGCCAACUGCGGCUUGCAGGUGCCGGCCGGCCGUCUGGUCUCUAGCAUCAACAGCAUGAAGACUUCCGUCUCGUGGACUCUGACUAACAGCAAUGUCCGCGCUGAUGUUGCGUACGAUAUCUUCACCGCUGCCGACCCCAACCACGACCACAGCAGCGGUGACUACGAACUCAUGAUCUGGCUCGCCCGGCUCGGCGACGUCUACCCCAUCGGUACCUCGCAAGGCAACGUCAACGUGGCCGGCCAAAACUGGGACCUCUGGGUAGGCAACAACGGCGCCAUGAAGGUCUUCAGCUUCAUCGCGGGGAGCCCCGUCAACAGCUUCAACGCCGACGUCAAGGAGUUCUACACCUACCUCGAGAGCAGCCAGGGCUUCCCCUCUAGCAGCCAGUACCUUCUUACCUUCCAAAUGGGUACUGAGCCCUUCACUGGUGAACAGACUACCCUCACCGUCAACAACUACUCCGUCAACCUCGCUUAA